UCUACAUAGCAACACAGUAGACUGCAUCCAACUGAUAUAUACAUUUUACUUUUCGACCACCAAACUUCAACUUUUAAAAUGAGUCUUAAAAAAGAGGAUGUAAAAAAAUUUAUGGAAAACAAUCCUGAAUUUACAGACAGAUACUUUAAGAAAAAACUUACCCCGGAGAUUAUAACUUCUGCAUUCGGUCGUAAAGAUCGUUCGGUUGAUUUUGCUACUUUUCGGGAACUGGUCCAGGUGGAAGAAAGUGAGAUUCUCUUUGAACUUAUUAAAGACAUGCAAGACAGUAUAAAUAUGGAAAAAGUUGUAUUCAAGACUUUAAGGAGAAUUAGUUUUCUUAUCCAUGCGGAUCGUUGUAGUCUGUUUAUGUACCGGCAAAGAAAUGGCACCCCUGAAUUAGCCACAAGGUUAUUCAAUGUUCACAAGGAUAGUAAACUGGAGGAAUGUCUCGUGCCACCUGAUAGUGAAAUUGUCUAUCCUUUGGACUUUGGAGUCGUGGGACAUGUAGCCCAUACCAAGAAAACAGUGAACAUCAAGAAUGUCAAUGAGAGCACCCAAUACUGCAAAUUUGCAGAUGAACUUACAGACUACGCUACCAAAUGCAUACUUGCUACCCCAAUUAUGAACGGAAAAGAUGUUGUUGCUGUUAUAAUGGCUUUAAAUAAGCUGGAUGGUCCAUAUUUUACUCAAUAUGAUGAAGAUGUGUUUUUGAAAUAUUUGAAUUUUGCCUCCUUAAAUCUGAAAAUUUACCAUUUAAGUUACCUACAUAACUGUGAAACGCGACGUGGCCAGGUAUUGUUAUGGUCAGCAAACAAAGUAUUUGAAGAGCUCACAGACAUUGAACGACAAUUCCACAAAGCCUUCUAUACUGUGAGAGGCUAUUUAAACUGUGACAGAUAUUCUGUCGGCCUUUUAGAUAUGACAAAAGAAAAGGAAUUCUUUGACAUGUGGCCAGUUUUAAUGGGGGAGGUUCCUCCCUAUUCAGGACCUCGGACUCCAGAUGGAAGGGAAAUAGUAUUUUACAAGGUCAUUGAUUACAUACUACACGGAAAAGAAGAUAUUAAAGUUAUACCGAAUCCACCAGCUGAUCACUGGGCUCUAAUCUCUGGUCUCCCAUCUUAUGUGGCAGAAAGCGGCUUUAUUUGCAACAUCAUGAAUGCAGCUGCUGACGAAAUGUUCAAGUUUCAGAGAGAACCUCUAGAUGAAAGUGGUUGGGUUAUUAAGAAUGUCUUAUCAAUGCCAAUAGUCAACAAGAAAGAAGAAAUAGUUGGUGUGGCCACUUUUUACAACAGAAAAGAUGGAAAACCCUUUGAUGAACAGGAUGAAACACUUAUGGAAUCCUUGACGCAGUUCCUUGGUUGGUCAGUGUUGAACACCGACACCUAUGAUAAAAUGAACAAAAUUGAGAACCGUAAGGAUAUUGCUCAGGAUAUGAUCAUGUACCAUGUGAAGUGCAACAAGGAGGAAAUGCAAGACAUUGUGCCAACUCGAGCAAAACUUGGGAAAGAAUUUGAAAACUGUGAAGAGGAUGAAAUUGUCCAAACUCUUAAAAAAGAAUUACCAGGACCCAAAAAAUUUGAAAUUUAUGAAUUUCGAUUCUCUGAUUUUGAUUGCACAGAAACAGAUCUUGUAAAAUGUGGAAUUCAAAUGUACUAUGAACUUGGAGUAGUAAAAAAAUUCCAGAUCCCUCCAGAAGCACUGAUAAGGUUUAUGUAUGCAAUGAAGAAGGGAUAUCGAAAGGUUACCUAUCAUAACUGGCGUCAUGGUUUCAAUGUUGCACAGACCAUGUUUACUCUUUUAAUGACUGGGAAACUCAAACGCUACUACACCGAUCUAGAAGCAAUGGCUAUGGUCACUGCAGGCUUUUGCCAUGAUAUCGACCACAGAGGAACUAAUAAUCUUUAUCAGAUGAAAUCUCAACAUCCUUUGGCAAGAUUGCAUGGAUCUUCUAUUCUAGAGAGGCACCACUUGGAGUUUGGAAAAUUCUUACUUUCAGAUGAGUCAAUGAAUAUUUACCAAAACCUCAACAGAAGGCAACAUGAAAUUGUUAUUCAUCUGAUGGAUAUCGCUAUCAUAGCAACAGAUUUGGCACUUUAUUUCAAAAAACGAACAAUGUUUCAGAAAAUUGUUGAUCAGUCAAAAACCUAUGAUGACCAGCAGAAGUGGAUUGACUACUUAUCACUUGAAGCUACAAGGAAAGAAAUAAUAAUGGCUAUGAUGAUGACAGCCUGUGACUUAUCUGCGAUUACCAAACCUUGGGAAGUCCAGAGCAAGGUGGCCCUCUUAGUAGCGGCUGAGUUCUGGGAGCAGGGUGACCUGGAGAGAACAGUGCUCCAGCAGCAACCUAUUCCAAUGAUGGACAGAAAUAAGGCUGCCGAACUGCCAAAACUGCAAUGUGGUUUCAUCGAUUUUGUUUGCACAUUUGUAUACAAGGAAUUUUCGCGGUUUCAUGAGGAAAUUCAGCCUAUGUUGGAUGGUCUGCUAAAUAACAGAAAGGAAUGGAAAGCUCUUCAAGAUGUAUAUGAGGCCAAACUGAAAGCGAUUGAAGAUGAAAAGAAAAAAAAGGAGGAAGAACUUGCUGCAAAAGCGGCUGCUGAAAAGGGUGGAGGACAGACUACAGCCAAAUCUUCAACAUGUAUAGUAUCUUAAAAAUGUAAUAAAUAUGUUUGCUUAUUUUGGACUUUGCUCACAAGACUUGAAAUAGAAGUAAACAAUGACAUAAAUUGGAUUUAUAUAGAAUAAAGUAUUUUUUAAUAAAUGGACAGCCAUCUUCUAUGACAUCUGCAUAUUAUAAAACACAGCUUGCUACAACGGAUUUAUAUUGUACAUUUCUGGAGAUGUUCCACCAUUAAAACUUUUCUUGGUAUAUAGACAUUAAUAAAUUAAUGUUUGUUUGUUUUUUUUGUUCUUAGUAGUAGGAUAUACUCAAGGGCAAACCUAACAGAACUUAUUUUUAGUUUAAAUAAAAAUAAAACCACUCUGUGAAUUCUCCAUCGUUAUACAGUGGUACAUCUAAUUGAAAUAUCAAACCUCCAAUGUUAAGGCAGAUGAAAACAUGUUUUUGUGCCCUGUGGAUAAAAGUGACACCUUAUGAUAUAUUUAAGGAGAUCCACAUUUUAAAUGCAGCUUCAAAAUAGAUUUGAUUUCAUCAUACUACCUUCACAAAUACAAAAAAAUAAGCCUAUAUGCAGUUUUGGCAAUUGAUUGUAGGGCAACAUAUUAAAACAUGCAAUGGACUAAAUAAGAUACUUUGUACUUUGUACAAAUGCAAUUAAUUACAUUGAUUGUGAUUCA